AUGCGUACUUACGACGACGCCUUCAGCGGCCAGAAGAUCUACCCUGGCAAGGGCAAGCUGUUCGUCCGUGGCGACAGCAAGAUCUUCCGCUUCCAGCGUGGAAAGUCCGAGUCCCUUUUCCUUCAGCGCAAGAACCCCCGCCGCAUCGCAUGGACUGUUCUCUUCCGUCGCCAGCACCGCAAGGGUAUCUCUGAGGAGGUCGCCAAGAAGCGCACCCGCCGUGUUGUCAAGAACCAGCGUGCCAUCGUUGGUGCUUCCCUCGAUGUGAUCAAGGAGCGCCGCUCCCAGCGCCCCGAGGCUCGUGAGGCUGCUCGCAAGCAGGCCAUCAAGGACGCCAAGGAGAAGAAGGCUGCUUCCGCCAGCGCCAAGAAGGCCGAGAAGGCCAAGCUCGCCGCCUCCAAGGGCGGUGCCCAGCGCAUUCAGAGCAAGCAGGGUGCUAAGGGCUCUGCUCCCAAGGUCGCCGCCAAGUCCCGCUAA